CAGGCCAAACACUAAUCCUUGGAGUAAACACGACAUUCACACUGGCCUCACUACACAGCAUUACCGUCCUAGGCAUCGACAUACUUUCACGAGUCAACAAGUCCUUACAUCAAUAAUCCCUACACAGAACAACCAUCGCUAUGGCAUCCGCGUCACCGCUUCCUACCUCCGAGCUGGAGCAGAUUGCCCAACAGGCCUGCGAGCAAGCCAUCGGUUCCGCAGAAUCAUAUGACCACACCAAGGUUGGAGAGUGGAACAGCGAGAUCAUCCAAUCCAUCCUCAAGACUCUCAUCAGCAAGACCACACCUGCAUCCGAGACCUCCACCCCUGAAACUCCCGCGCAACCUGCCUACAAGUACAUCGCCAACAGCACGGUGAUCCAACACAUUGGCUCUCCCGCAGAACCUGAGAAGCACGGCCGCCGCGGCAUGCACAGCGCAGUCGGCGCCUUCUGGAACAACGAGAAGGAUGGCACAUACAGCUACAAGUGGGAGGCUGCCGAGAAGAAGGGCAUGGACAUCGUCAUCACGAUCACCUGGAUCGCUAUCUAGAGGGAUUAUAGCGCCCAGGGCGAUGAUGGGCCCGUGUGGGAGCGAUCGCAUCUUCCAUACAAACGAUCAAUCAAGAUAGAAAGAGCCAAGACGCAGACUGUGAAGGAGGGGGCGAGCGAGAGCUAUGUGAAUCGCUUGCUCAAAGGUGCGAGGUGAGCUUGGGAUGGGUUUUUGCUUCGAGAUCGAUGUUCUUCUCAUGGGUACGGCGUUGAAACCUCAGUGUGACCUCAGUGUGCAUAGUCUUGUGCUUCUUCGAGUUGACAUGGCGAAAUUGAUACCUACUGCUUCUUCACCCGACGUCUUU